CUUGUCAAAAAAAAUGGCGAAAAAUCCGCUUUUUUGCAAAGCAAAUGUGUGUGAAUAAAAUAAAAACACCAAUCUACCGAAAUACUGAUGAUAAAUAAGACCGCGUUAUGUGAUUCACAAACAAAAUGCCUAACAAAGAGUCCAACCGUGUUCUGAGCACUGAGACCAAGUCGGUAAUGGCUACUGCCCAGCAGACUGCAGUUGCGAAGACUGCCACUCCGUCUGCCAAGGUGGUUGUGUGCAAGGCGGCUGUGAAAGAGACUGCGAUGUCCCCAACAGCCCCUACCGGCGAGACGGAGCGCACGGAACUCCUCGGCUCGCUCACCACGCUGCAGCAGCAGAGAACCAGCGCAAGGGUCAUCAAGAAGCUGCGCCUGGACCCGCCUGCUGAUAAGGACAAGAAGAGCAAGCGACCUGACGGACAGCCGGAUGAUCUCACAGAAUGCGACACCCCAAACAAGAUGGACGACAAAGACCCCCUAAAGUUUCCCACCGUCAAGCAGCGCAUGCCCAAAGCUCUCUGGUCUACUGACGAGAAGAAUCUCUUCUUCGAGGCUCUGAACGAGUACGGCAAAGACUUUGACGCCGUCACAGCAUACAUCUGCGCCAAGAUGAAGAAGAAGGGCAUGCCAGACGUCAACCUGAAGACUAAGACGCAAGUCAGCCACUUCUACUACAGGACAUGGCAUAAGCUGUCGAAGCACGUGCAUUUUGAUGAGAACGUGAAGAAAGUAGCGCAAGAAUUGUACGCGCUGAUCAACUACGGCGAGCUGCGCAAAAAGCUUUCGUGCGUGAGCGAGAAGACAUGCGCGCGCUUGGGAGAGAUGGUGCGCUGUGGGAGCAUCGCGGUGCGCGCGCGCGGACGCAACACGCGCGUGCGCACGCCCGCCUGCCGCGCGCUGCGGAACCUCAACCAGAUCACAGAGCGUGUUUACUGCGCGAGGGUAUGCGGACGCGCCGGUGUCGUGCUACGCGCGCGCACGUCGGCAGCCUGGGCGCGCGUGCAGGCGGCGGCGCACAACCCGCGCGCGCACGCCGCGCUGCCGCUGCGCACGCGGCUUUGCGCGUUCAUUCGCGCGCUGGAGGACCGGUGGACGCCGCCUGUAUCCUUUUGAAUGAUC